ACUGCACGUGGGCCCGGCCGCGGGCGGUACCCAGUCCGCCGCCCGCCCGUCCCGCCAGCCCGCAGCGACGCGGUAUAUUUCAGCCACGGGCCUUAUCAGGCCACACCAGCCGACAACCAGACCGGACGCCGAACGCACCAGGGUUUGAGGCAUCCCCGAAUUCCCCCACCGCCCCCCGCCGCCGCCCUCCUGCUUCCCCAACACCCCUCGGCCCCGCCGCCUCCCCUCGCUUCGGUCCUCGGUUAACCAUCCAGGUUCUGUCAACAUGUCUGAUAGCCAUGAGACGGACAGGAACAUUGAGAUUUGGAAGAUUAAGAAGCUGAUCAAGGCAUUGGAGUCAGCCAGGGGCAAUGGCACAAGCAUGAUCUCUCUAAUCAUGCCUCCACGCGAUCAGGUUGCUCGAGUGGCUAAGAUGUUAGGUGAUGAAUAUGGAACUGCUUCAAACAUCAAGAGUAGAGUUAAUCGCCAGUCUGUGCUGGCUGCCAUCACCUCAGCUCAGCAGAGGUUGAAGCUCUACAACAAAGUGCCUCCUAAUGGAUUGGUUCUGUACACUGGAACUAUUGUUACUGAAGACGGAAAGGAAAAGAAAGUUACUAUUGAUUUUGAGCCCUUCAAGCCUAUCAACGUGUCGCUCUACCUCUGUGACAACAAGUUCCACACUGAGGCUCUAAAUGAGCUAUUGGAAUCUGAUGACAAGUUUGGUUUCAUUGUUAUGGAUGGUAAUGGUACUCUUUUUGGCACACUAAGUGGCAAUACCCGUGAAGUGCUUCACAAAUUCACUGUUGACCUCCCGAAGAAGCAUGGUAGAGGAGGACAGUCUGCUCUGCGUUUUGCUCGGCUUCGGAUGGAGAAACGCCAUAACUAUGUCCGCAAAACAGCUGAACUUGCUACCCAGUUUUUCAUCAAUCCAGCUACAAGUCAGCCUAAUGUUGCAGGGUUGAUUCUUGCUGGUUCUGCUGAUUUUAAGACUGAGCUGAGCCAAUCUGAUAUGUUCGAUCAGCGACUCCAAGCCAAGAUACUCAACGUGGUUGAUGUUUCUUAUGGUGGCGAGAAUGGUUUCAACCAAGCCAUUGAGUUGUCUGCUGAAAUUCUUGCAAAUGUGAAGUUCAUUCAAGAGAAGAAGUUAAUUGGCAAGUAUUUUGAAGAGAUCAGUCAGGAUACUGGGAAAUAUGUCUUUGGUGUUGAUGACACCCUUAAGGCUCUUGAAAUGGGUGCUGUUGAGACCCUGAUAGUGUGGGAAAAUCUGGAUAUCAACAGAUAUACUCUCAAGAACAGUUCUACUGGGGAGAUCACUAUAAAACAUCUGAACAAAGAGCAGGAAGCUGAUCAGAGCAAUUUCCGUGACCCAACUACCAAUACUGAUCUCGAAGUUCAGGAAAAAAUGUCUCUCUUGGAAUGGUUUGCCAAUGAAUACAAGAAGUUUGGUUGCUCGCUGGAGUUUGUGACCAACAAGUCUCAGGAGGGAUCACAGUUUUGUAGAGGAUUUGGUGGCAUUGGUGGCAUGUUGCGCUACCAGCUGGAUAUCCGUUCUUUUGAUGAGCUCUCUGACGAUGACGAUGUGUAUGAAGACUCUGAUUAGCAAUCAGCCAACCUCAUGCCUGUGCUGGCCCAUGGAAAGACGCAACAGCUCGAUCGCGCUAUAUCUAUGCAGGAACACACGAAAAGCAAAUAUCCAAAGAUUAAUGGGCAUGGGCCAGCCUCAUCCUCUUCAGGAGGAGCUUAAGACAAAGAUGAUUUUGAGUCACUUUAAUGGCAGUAUUGUGACCAGAAGAUACCUUAAUCACAAUCAUCAUUGCAGUAAUGCGUCGAGAAGAAUACCGUUGUCAAGUGCACAAACCAUGGCAGUAACGUGCCAAAAAAGUUAUCGUAUUUUCAAGGGAUGUUAAAUUUCCUAUAUUCACCGUGCUAGUUACAGUGUCAGGGAGUUGUACCUAAAAAGGCUAACGAUUGCCGUUGCCUUAGUACUUUUAUGCUGUGUUAACGUCUUUUGCGAGUCUGGUGGUUGCUUCAAUGCUUUGUGACUCUGAUUGCAAACUGCUACACAUGCAGUUUUUGCAACGACGAAGCUAUGAUAUGGAUUACAGUUCUGUGUCAUCAUGUUGCCUCUGUUUCACUUUUAAAGAAGUAACCUGGUGCAACUAUUUUUGGACAAUAA